UAGGAUAAUAAAGUCAAAGUGUCAAGAAACUUCCCCCCUCUGCUUUCCCUUGCUUCAACUCCACAACUUCCGGCACAAAAAAAAAUCCAGUCCAGAUGCCGAGAAAAUUCCUCAUUUUCCCGGAAAAUCUUACCCAAACAACAACAUUUUCUCGAUCUUCUCCACUGUCUCAUCUCCAUCCAUGAUCCCAGAAAACCCAAUUCACAUUUCCCCAAAAUUUCCCCUUCUUCUUCUUCUGCUAAUUUCAUCAGUCAACGCAGAGGCAGAGGCCAAGUGUUCGAAAUCAUGCGGCUCCGGCCACCGGCCUCACGAUUUCCCCCACCCAUUCGGGUUCUCCGCCGCCUGCCAAAUCCGCCUGAACUGCACCCGCGACGGCGCCGCCCUGAUCGGAGAGUUCCCCGUCGAAUCCAUAAACUCCGACCACAUAAAAGUGAUGAUGGGGGCCAAAUGCAACCGCCGGCUCCACGCGAUCCGGCAAUUCUUCAGCCGCAACUACGCGCCGACGGCCCACAACGCCAUUCUUUUACAAAAUUGCUCCUCCCCGGUUUCCAGCUGCCUACUUCCGACGACGAUGGUUCAGACCAAAUUCGAGUCCCCGAAUUGCGCCUCCGUCAACGCCAGUAGCAUCAGCUGCUACACCCAAAACGGCGUCGGUUUUUUGGACUUGGAAAAUCUGACCCGGACCCACUGCGAUUACCUCCUCUCCUCGAUUUCGGCGGAGUCGCUGAGUUCCAACUCCUCCGCCGGAAUCUCUCUGGAGAUUCAGGCCGUGGAGCUCGAGUGGUGGCUGGAGGGCGGCUGCCGGCGAUCCUGCCAUGAAGAUGCCAAUUGUACGGAGCUAAUUUCGCCGACUGAUGGGAGGCCGUCUCACCGGUGCCACUGCCCGGAAGGCUUGGUCGGCGACGGGUAUUCCGCCGGCACUGGCUGCCGGAAAGCUCCUUCUAAUUGCGGCACGACAACCAAGUACAUUUACAACGAGUGCGGAACUGCAGCAGCAACAACAAGAAUCGCCAUUCUCAUCGGAACCGCCAUCGGCGGAGCCGCCGUACUGCUUACUCUCGGCCUAUUCUGCUGCUUCAUCCGACGCAGUUCCGAUCCCAAAGCCACGCGCAUAAACACAAUCACCAGACGCCGCCUCUCCGAAGCCACCACCGGCGCCUCCACCAUCCAAAUUUACGCCCACAAAGAGAUCCGGAAAGCCACCCACAAUUUCUCCGACACCCACCGCCUCGGCACCGGCGCGUACGGCACCGUCUACGGCGGGAAGCUACGCGCCGACGAGUGGGUCGCCAUCAAACGGUUCAAGAAUCGCGACAGCGCUGACAGCAUCGAACAAGUCCUCAACGAAAUCGAACUAAUUUCAUCCAUCAACCACCCGAAUCUCGUCCGUCUUCUGGGGUGCUCCAUAGAAUCCGGCGAGCAAAUUCUGGUGUACGAGUUCAUGGCGAACGGCACAUUGAGCCAGCAUCUGCAGAAACAGAGAGGCGAGGGGCUGCCCUGGCCGGUCCGCCUCGACAUCGCCGUCGAGACCGCCCAGGCGAUCGCGUAUCUCCACUCGGCGAUUAACCCGCCCAUUUUUCACAGAGACAUUAAAUCGAGCAACAUUUUGCUGGACGGGAAUCUGAAAUCGAAGGUGGCGGAUUUCGGGCUUUCGAGAUUGGGGAUGGCGGAAAUUUCCCACAUCUCGACGGCUCCUCAGGGGACCCCCGGGUACGUGGAUCCGCAGUACCAUCAGGAUUUCCAUCUCUCCGACAAGAGCGACGUGUACAGCUUCGGCGUGGUCCUGGUGGAGCUGAUCACCGCCAUGAAAGCGGUGGAUUUCUGCCGGGCGAAGAGCGAGGUGAACUUGGCGGCGGUGGCCGGCGAGAGGAUCGGGAGUGGGCGGGUGAUGGAGAUUGUGGAUCCGUGGAUGGAGAUUGAGAAGGAUGAAUUGGGGGUUUGGUCGGUGCAGAGGAUCGGGGAGGUGGCGUUCAGGUGCUUGGCGUUUCAGAGGGAUGUGCGGCCGUCGAUGGUGGAGGUGGCGGCGGAGCUGGAGGAGAUACGGCGGAGAUGGAAGUGCAAGGAAAUUUUGUUAGGGGAAAGUGGGAGCUGGAAAUCGAGCCAUGGAGACGGAGGAGAUUACUUUUCCAGAGGCUCUGUUGAAGAUUCGUGGCUCAGUGAACAGAGCUCGCCGUCGUCCAGUAGUUUGCUAAAUAAUGUGAUUUUAUGAUCCUACUUUUCGAUUUUAUUAGUUCUUUUUUUUUUCCCUUUUUUGAGGUUUGUUUGAUGUAUUUUUUUAGAAAAUAAAUUUGAAAUUAAUUUACACGAUGAGGAAACGAUUUGAGCAAAAGGGUUAAUUAUAAAUUUGGCAGU